AUGUCGGACUUCAAAGAUCAAAUCGCCGUUCAAACUUCGGCCGCAGCUCCCCACGAUGGCUCAUCACCUGCUCAAUCUUCUAAACACGACGUUUCGGCAGGUGUAGAUUCAAAUACCCGUGAAGUGGACUCGGCCUCGGAGGAGGUGCUUGCGGACCAGAUCGACAAGAAAAAGAAAGGCUUUCUUGCCUACUUUACCACGAAGGAGUUCUACAUCAUUCUGAUCCUAGGACAGGUGUUGGCGAUCACAAACACCGCUACCAGUACUUUCAGUACACUCCUUUCGAAUGAAGGCACUUCAAUCCCGGCUUUCCAGACUUUUUUCAAUUAUGUUUUGUUGAACAUCAUUUUUACGACUUAUACUUUGUACCGUUAUGGCAUCAAGGGCUGGUUCCAAAUGGUGUUCAAGCACGGCUGGAAAUAUAUCAUUUUAGCGUUUUGCGACGUCGAAGGCAAUUAUUUCAUCGUACUGGCAUACCGAUACACAACCAUGCUUAGUGCCCAGUUAAUCAACUUCUGGGCUAUUGCAGUCGUCGUCGUCAUCUCGUUCCUGUUCCUGCGCGUCCGCUACCACAUCACACAAGUCUUAGGUAUCUUGGUCUGCAUCGGCGGCAUGGGCGUUCUGAUCGCAUCCGACCACAUCACCGGCACCAACGGUGGCGAUGUCUCAAGCGGCAACCAACUUAAAGGUGACCUCUUCGCGCUCCUAGGCGCAACCUUCUACGGUCUCGCCAACACCGGAGAAGAGUACUUCGUCAGUACCCGACCCGUCUAUGAAGUUCUCGGCCAGAUGGCUUUCUUCGGCAUGAUCAUCAACGGUGCCCAGGCCGGUAUCUUCGACCGCGCAUCCUUCAGGUCCGCCACCUGGAACAGUGAAGUCGGCGGCUAUCUAGCCGGAUACACGCUCUGCCUGACCUUCUUCUAUUGCAUGGCCCCGCUUCUCUUCCGCCUGUCGUCGGCGGCUUUCUUCAACAUCUCCAUGCUGACCAUGAACUUCUGGGGCGUCAUUAUCGGUAUCAAGGUCUUCCACUAUACCAUCCACUACUUGUAUCCCAUCGCCUUUGUACUCAUCAUCGUCGGUCAGCUCAUCUAUUUCCUCGGCCGCCGGGUCCUGGGUGAAGCGCGCAAACCUUGGCUGGGCAAGAACCAGGAACGGGGUGUAUCAGGUCUGUUCACUGCGAGGCGAAUGAUCGAUACUUCGGCUGUCGCGUCUAAUCGUAAUCCUAAUUCUACGACUAAUGAUCCUGCUACGGCCCAUAAUGAGUCCCUCGCGUCACAUACCAGUCCGGUUUAG